AUGCACAAUAGUGACUCCGAAGUCUCAUCAUCGCUUUCAAGUCGAGCUGAUGAUAAAAUAUUUGUUAUUGCAACUGUAUUAUUACCUAUAUUUGCUCAAGCAGCAUAUAUAUUUGAUGUAUUUUAUUAUCAUUUCAAUGUAGUCGAUAAUGGAUAUGAAGGUUUACUUUCCUCAAUUUUGAGUGUUUUUGCAUAUCUUCAAUAUUGUGCACCGAUUCGAUCACGUUUUACACGUUUUUUCUAUCAUUUAUUUUUAUGGAUAUUAUCAGAAAUUGGUACAUUAGGUCAUCUAAUAUCGUAUUUAAAGAAAAAUGAUGUAUUUUCUCUUGUUUUAUAUUCACUAUGUGGAACAAUAGAUUCAAUUUAUUUUGGAUGUUUAAUUUAUUGUCGUGUAUUUUCAAAAGAUCGUUCUGUUCGUGUUCAUAUGGCUAUUGAACAACGUCAUUUAUUUCGUUUUAUUUCACGUUUAGAAGUUCUACUUGCUAUAUUUAUACCUGUAUUUUUUAAUAAACACCUUAUAACAUUAACAAGAGAUAAUAUUGCAUUUUAUAUAUUAUUUGAAUUUUUUGCUGAAUAUUAUCAUCGUUUUCAUGGUAUGAGAGUUAAAGCAGUUUUAUAUAUAUUUGUUGUUACAGUAACAGCAUCUGUUACAUUAGAAUGGAUACAUAUUGUAAAACAUGAAGUAAAAUAUGAAAUAGCUUCAUCAUUAUGUGAACUUACGGCAUCUUGUUUUUGUUAUUCAUUAAUUAUAAUGCAAUUCUUUCCAAAUAAUUUUAUUUCACGUAAAAAAAUGGCUAAAACUAGACGUAGACAAACUGUAUCAUCAAUAUUAUCUCAACACACAUACUAUAGUCGUCAUAGUUGUGAUUCCGUUUCAGAAAAAAAUGUUUGUUAUUUUUAA